GUGCCGUGAUUUUAUCGCGCUAGUGAUGGGUACAGUAUAGAAGAAGUAAGAAGAAGAUAGUGAAAUUCGCUAAAUCGGUGCAAUAUGAAUUAAAUGGCAUGUCAGCAGCAGUCGGAGCAGCAGCUACAGCAGCAGCACCGGACGCAGCAGCAGCAGCAGCAGCAGUAGCAGCAUCAUCUCUAGAGCAGCACUAGCAGCCAUCCGUGUGUGUCCAGUUACUCCAGAAUACUCCAGAGGAGCAGCCAUGAACUCCAAGUCCGGCGGCAGUGACAGCAGCAACGACUCCAUGGCCAAUCCUCUUCACAUUCUGCAGCAGCAGCAGCAUCCGCAGCAGCACCAGCCGCAGCCUCAGGAGAGAUAUGUGUGGGAGAUGAGAACCCGUAGUCCGAACGUCACUCCGGCCAGCACGGUGCUGAACUCUCCGGAUCUGAAUGCCGAUUUGCCGUACGCUCCGUUGCCCGGCCGUCCGUCGCCGACGGGUGGCGUUGGCAGGCUGGACUCUAGCCAGGACUCCUCCAAUAGCUACUACUACCAACGACCUCAUCUCCAUCAGAUCCGGGUGGGACGCAGUCCCGGCAGCAGCCAGUUCGAGACCCAGGACCGUGCCAGUCCCGGCUCACCCACGGACGUGGGCAAGGCCGACGGGCAGUGUCUGCGAGAUGGGGAGAUCGUGGUCUUCGACGAUAUCGACACCAACUGGAUGAACAACAAGGCGGCGAGCGGCCAGCAUCCCGGCACCAACGAGGACGUCCUCAAGGUGACCAAGAUGAUUGGCCAGCUGCCGAUAGCCGAGUACGAGGGCUCCCCGCGUCGCUUUGGCAGCCAGCCGCCGGCAGGACAGCGGAAGCGACCACCCGGCUUCCCUCAACGGGUCUCGCCCACAACCAGUUCCGGUGGCAGUGUCGCCACUCCAGCUGCGGCCACGGCUUCUGCCUCGAUGGCGAAGGCAUCGGUGGGCAACCUGAUCGAUCUGAUAGAUCACGAGGAUGAGCGCUCCUCGACGACGGCGACGACAACGAUGCGGGAGAAGGCGCCCACCUUCGACUACCUGUACGAGUUCUCGGAGACGCGGAAGGUCCUGGAGGAGUUCUUUAAGGCCAAUCCGGAGGACGAGAAGCGGUUCACCGACUACACCACGGAGAGCGGAGAUGAUGUGGCCAGUUCGCAACAAGAAUAUCCAGUGACGCCGAUGGAACAAGCCUACAUCGGCCAGAGACUGGCCAGAAUACCCAAGGAUGAGCUCUACAUGGUCCACAGAUCUCCAACUAGGAAGCAGCCCAAUGAACAAAUCGUUCAGGGAGCUCCAGCCUAUCAGGAACACAACGAUAUAGAGCUCUAUAUAGACUCCAAUAGUCGGAGCAGCGGGGACCUGGCCGAUACGGAACUGGAAGCCAAUCUACGGCGGCAUUCCCGCAACUUUACACUCUCUCCGGAGACAACAGACUACGACUCGAACUGCGGUGACUUGGAUAGCCUGUCCAAUGACAUCAACUGUCCGACGGACUACGGGAAACUGUACACGAGCAUGCCGGUGCUGGAGGACGGCCUGAGCAGUGGCCACGCCUCCGAUACGGAAAACAAUGUAUCUGCCUCUAAUGCCGUCUGCCAAUCCCAGUCUCAGUCGCAGUCCCAGUCCCAGUCCGUCCACGAGCACAAUGGAAACGACAACGCCACUGGCAUAUCGGAGCAUCUGGAGAACGAGUAUAAUAGUGCCAGUAUGGUGACGGUCGCGGCAACAGAUGCCUCGCAGUCUGCCCUGAUAAGUGACUUUGCCACAUUGCCGAUGCCAGUGCCACCACCACUCCUGCAGCCCUCCCCCUCGCCGCCCCACAUCGAGGUGGCUGAUAUGGGGGAUGGCUCGAACGGAGCCCCCGAUCUGGACAGUCACUACGGAGCUGUUUAUGCGGCGGCAGCAGCACAAGCUGACGACAAAAUUAAUGGAGUGGGAAGCGGCGGCGGUGGUGCUGGAAGACAAGUAGUAGGCACCAGAACGCAUCAGGCAGCGGCCGAGAUUCAGGAAGCCAUGAAGGAGAUCCGUUCGGUUCUUCAACGGGCCAAGGCCCAACCAGAGAAGCAAAAGUUCUGUGACGAAAUCAUACCCACAGAUCCCGAUUCUCCCGUUUGGGUUCCACGCAAGGGAGCCGCUGUGCCGGUGGCGGCCUCCACAGAGGAGGAGAUGGACACAGACUUGGAGACGGAUCGGUUGCUGGGCCAGCAGCGACACGACGAUCAGGACUUCUUCGGCGAUCGGCCCCUGGCUGAUAGCAAUGCGAACGAGGGAUCAGAACUGGCCAUCAGCACCGGCCACUUGAACGGCUCGGCGGACAACAACAAUCCCAAUCCGCAUCCACUCCUGCACAGCAAGCCGCCGGCCUUCUCCACCUCCACCAUUCGACAGGGCAUCGGCACCUCCCUGACCCCCAACUCGCCGGACAUCUGCCAGAUUGUGGGCACGGCGGACCUCUCGCUCAGCUCCCCGGAGAAGCUGCAGUACACCAAGAGUCCCACGGGCUCCAUCAAGUCGCUCAAGGACUCGGCCAACUCGGACAAGAAGGCCAAGUCGAGGAACAAGGAGGGUCGUCUUUGGGAACCCAAAGUUCUGAUCGAGGGCGUGCUGUUCCGGGCCAGGUACCUCGGAUCCACGCAGCUCGUGUGCGAAGGCCAACCGACCAAGUCGACGCGGAUGAUGCAGGCCGAGGAGGCUGUCUCCCGGAUAAAGGCUUUGGCACCUGAGGGCGAGAGCCAGCCCAGCACCGAGGUGGACCUGUUCAUAUCAACCGAGAAGAUAAUGGUGCUCAACACGGAUCUCAAGGAGAUCAUGAUGGACCACGCUCUCCGCACCAUAUCCUACAUAGCCGACAUCGGCGACCUGGUCGUCCUGAUGGCACGUCGCCGCUUUGUGCCGAAUAGUGUUACGGAUCCGGCGCAGAUCCUUCCGGCUGUCGUCCAGCCGGACGUCCAGGGCAGUCCGGGUGGGGAGCCAGAUGGCGAGUCACCGCCCAAGGAGCCCUCCAGCAAACACAAUCGAACGCCCAAGAUGAUCUGCCAUGUGUUCGAGAGCGACGAGGCCCAGUUCAUUGCCCAGUCCAUUGGCCAGGCCUUCCAGGUGGCAUACAUGGAGUUCCUCAAGGCGAACGGCAUCGAGAACGAGAGCCUGGCCAAGGAGAUGGACUACCAGGAGGUGCUCAACAGUCAGGAGAUCUUCGGCGAUGAGCUGGAGAUCUUCGCCAAGAAGGAGCUCCAAAAGGAGGUGGUCGUGCCGAAGGCCAAGGGCGAGAUCCUUGGCGUUGUCAUUGUGGAGUCCGGUUGGGGCUCCAUGCUGCCCACGGUGGUCAUUGCCAAUCUGAUGUCCAGCGGAGCGGCCGCCCGGUGCGGGCAACUGAAUAUCGGCGACCAGCUGAUCGCCAUCAAUGGCAUGAGCCUGGUGGGACUGCCGCUGUCCACGUGCCAGAGCUACAUACGGAAUGCCAAGAACCAAACUGCCGUCAAGUUCACCGUUGUGCCCUGUCCGCCCGUCGUCGAGGUGAAGAUCCUGCGACCCAAGGCGCUGUUCCAGCUCGGAUUCAGUGUCCAAAAUGGAGUGAUCUGCAGUCUGUUGCGUGGCGGAAUUGCCGAGCGGGGUGGAGUGCGGGUUGGACACCGCAUCAUUGAGAUUAAUAACCAGAGCGUGGUGGCCGUUCCUCACGACACCAUUGUGAAGCUCCUGUCCUCGUCAGUGGGAGAGAUCCUAAUGAAGACGAUGCCCACGUCCAUGUUUCGUUUGCUCACCGGCCAGGAGACGCCUAUUUACAUUUAAAAACUAAUACUACUUACUGCUCACACCCGACUGCACUCCCCCCCACUCUGAAACUAUGAACUCUGAACUCUGAACUCAGUUUUUUACGAAACUGCCAGCGAUUAGUCUUUUGAUUCAUUUUUGUAUCCUUCGGUUGCCUGGCUUCCUUUCGUUGAUUUCUUUUCGUUUUUAUUCUUUUUUUUGUAAAAGAAAAAGACUGACUUUGAAGAAAGUGUGCAGGAUGAGAGAGAGAGUAAGGGAGUCGGUGUGCAGCAAGGAUAACAGAUUGUAAAAAGGAUAGAGUAUUAUCCCCACACGCCCUCACCAAAUCAAGGCAAUAGUUUAAGGAUUCAAUUGAAUUUAGGUUGCGAGCAAGAACAAUAUUUAUGUAAAUUAACCCUAAUUUAGUUCAUUAACUACAUAUAUAAUUUUCGAAAAAUGAAAAGCAAAAAAAAAAACAAAAAAACAAACACCUUAUGCCAAAAAAGAGUUAAAUUUUUAAGAGAUUUCGUUGAAUUUAAUUUUUAAAUGUAUAGACGAGGAGGAGGAUGAUUGAUUGCAAUACCGAUAGACCGAUAUACCGAUAUUACCGAUAUAUUUAUACAAAUCAGAUAUAUAUAAUAUCUAUUAUAGCCUUAGUGAACGAAGCCAUGCCUGCAACAAACAAACAAACAAACAAAACAACAAACAAACAAACAAACGACAAACAAAAUAAAAUGCAUUUAAAAAAAAAGCGAAAAUUGAUUCUAAUUGUACAUUUCUGCACAUUUCUCGAUCGAUUAUUGCCAUAUAUAUAUAUAUAUAUACUAUAUAUUAUAUAUUAUAUAUUUAUAUGUACUCGUACAGUACGAUUAUGAUCUAAAAAAUCGAAUUAAUCGAAUAUAACAAAGCGGAAACAAUAAGCAAAACAGCAACAAGUAAUACGAAGAACAAUAAUUUCUUAGUUUCUGUUAAGCGAUCAUGUUUAAGAAAGAGACGGCCGUAUGCAACAUAGAAAGAGACAGAGCGAGACAUAUAGAGAGAGAGAGAGAGCUUAUUUUUGCAAAAAUUUAAUUGAAAUAUAUUAAAAAAAAAUAAUAUAAAAAGCUAGCAAAGAGCAAGUAAUUGAAAUCAUACAUGUUAUUAAUCUUAAAAAAAAAUGGAAACUAAAAAAAAAGUAUUUUAAAUAUUUCAAGUGCAGGUUAUUAAUGAAACAAAAAAAUUAAAAAAAAAACAAAUGCGAGUUAAUAAUAUUUAUAUGAAAUACAAUAUAUAUAGAAUAUAAAGUACAGCAGGCGCAAUAUUUUUGCUAAAAAGUAACAAAGCCACACAGAUCGACAGAAAUAAGGACAUUUCCAAGGACGACA